GAGGAUAUUGCUCCAGCGUCUGGUUUAGGAGUCUUGAUGGUUUGCUGAUAUACAUGUGUGUGUUUUGUGUCUUUCCAUGCAUCUUGCUCCCAGUCUCUGAGGAGCUCGUUAGAUUUAUGGAAUCUAAUUGGAAUUCCCAAACAAUCAAGACGUGAUUUGGUUUGGCAAUCUGGUUCUCAGGGCUCUGCGGUAUCGCUCAAUACCAUUGACUCUUUCUUGGAUUUUCCCAGCAAUCUAAAUUAUUCGUCCUGGCGGGCAGUGCAAAGUCGUCGCACGAGAAUUCGCCUAUCAUGGUUUCUUAUCUUCACGUGCAUCAGGAUCCUCCGUGUCAGCCCCCUAAUCGCGUUUUCCGUAUUCUAUCUUCCCAUUCAAGAGUUCUACUCAGGACAGGAGAGAAUUUAGGAGAAACUUUCCUUGAUAUCACGCUAUUAGCUUGACCACCCGUGCAGCUUCUAUGUCGUCCUAUCCCAUGAGUUCAAAACAAUUACGUAAUUACAACGUGCGACGAUUAUCAAGUUGAAAUGCGUCUACUCAAUGUCCACACGCGUCGAUUGAAAGACUUCAUUGCCACCAAAAUUCCCAGAUAUGCCAUUCUAUCUCACACUUGGGGUGGGGAUGAGGUACUUUUUCAAGAUCUCGCCAAUUCUAAACACAAAACGAAGAAUGGUUACGCGAAAAUCGAAGGUUGCUGCCGGCAGGCUAUCAUUGAUGGCUUUGACUUCGUUUGGAUAGAUACUUGCUGUAUUGACAAGAGCAGCAGUGCCGAAUUGUCCGAAUCUAUCAAUUCCAUGUAUGCUUGGUAUGAGAAAGCUGCUGUAUGUUAUAUCUACCUGAUAGAUGUUCCGUCCGGCCAGGAUCCAUAUGAAAUCGGUUCAGCGUUUCGAAAAAGUCGUUGGUUUACUCGGGGUUGGACAUUACAGGAAUUGCUUGCGCCUAGCAAGAUUGUCUUCUUUGAUCGGGAGUGGGAUAUGAUUUUCAAUGACUCCAUAAUGGCCAAACACGAAGACAGAAAGUCACGGAGGGCGGAUCUUCCAAGAGAACGCAUGGUCCUACUUGAAGAAAUCACGGGCAUUGGGGCUAAGUACUUUGAAAUUGAGUUUGGAGAAGCUAGCGCCCAAAUCGCUAGUGGUUGUAAAUUUUCGUGGGCUGCCAUGCGAGAAACAACUCGACCAGAAGAUGCCGCCUAUUGUCUACUAGGCCUCUUACAAGUCAAUAUGCCGUUGCUAUAUGGAGAAGGGAUUAAGGCAUUUCAACGCUUACAAGAGGAAGUCCUCAAAAAGAACCAAGAUCUCAGUAUUCUCGCUUGGGGAUUUGAUAUGACUUGGCGAGAGACUUCGUUACGGACAAACAUGGGUUUACGCUCUUAUGGUAUUUUGGCGCCGUCAUCUCAUUAUUUCAAAAAGUUCCCUGUUUCUCUCUCAAAAUUUGAUAAUCACUUAAAAUUGGCUACUCAUUCUAUGAUGACAAACUUGGGGUUAAACAUAAACUUACCUCUGAUGUGUAUCAGUUCAUCGCUAGGUAUUUAUCUUGCUUUCAUCAGUGGAUGGGCAGUUGCAAGGCUUGGGAACAAGCACGAAGCAUUCGUCUUACCUCUGCUAAAACGAGAAGAUCAACUUUUCGAACGUCUUCCUGGAAGCCCGCCCGUCAUUUCCGUCACGUUAACCAAAGGAUCAAAUCGAAAAAUCAAAUGGAAAUCAAUAUAUCUCAUUGAACCCAAAAGCUCACCCUCGACUUGGAAGUCCCGAAAUAUCAACCCAAUCAACGAUCUGGAUUUCUUAUUUUUUCAUCCUACUCAAUACACCAAUGAACAGUCCGGCUUUCAAUUAUAUCAUAACCAGAUGAGCCGCGCCGGGUUUUCAGUAAGAAGUGUAUUUCCGCCUGGGUUUAAAGACUCGGCGUCCCAUCUCACAUGGGAAUCGCUGUCGAGAAAUUUUGAAAUCGUCUUAGUUCUCUCGAGGAAUGUUACCGAGUGCUGCAUCGUUUACAUCAAGGGACGAACCACGAGCAGACACCGUAUCCGAAUAAGCAAAAUGGCGAUUGCACGUAGUGAGCCCUCGCUUGCGGCAUGGCAAUGGCCGCAUAACCUCGCUAUGACGGUAGACUCAACGGAUCUGGAGUGGGCUUCCACUGUGAGCUUUGAUUCUGACCCGGAUAGAAAAAGUGAGUGUGCGUCGCUGGAGUUGAGCACGGGAGUGGCGAGUUGGCAUGGAAAUUUCGUGGGGAUCGUUAUCAAUCAUCGUGUGCGAGCUCGGCGACAGAAUAUUGGAAUUGCGCUUUGAAAAUGAGAAUCUUUAUGUGGGUUAUUAAGUACAUAGAUCAGCAACUAUUAUAUGA